AAAGAACUGAAACUAAAUCAAAAUUAAGAUCCAUCGAAGUGAAAUGGCUUCUACCAAAUAUUUGGUCCUUCUCUUCAUCUGCCUCAGCGUUCUUCUAACCCCAGGAUUAGGAACAGACCCUGUGCCUACCCCGCCUGGACUACAUAUUCCUUGUGGCAAAGGUUUCACUAGCAAAGAAUGCAAUAAAUAUUGUACGGGUGUAGGUUACCGGAGAGGUUAUUGUGCACCCGACGAAGAAUACCCACAAAUAAGCUCGUGUUACUGCAAGUGGCGGAUCUAAAGAAAAAAAUUGUUUGGGGCACUAAUCCAUAUGUAGAUAAUAAUUCUCUUUUUUUGCAGUAAUAAAAAAUAUCGAAAAAUAAUAAUAUGUAAAACAAUUGCAAUUAGAGGGCAUCGAACUAUACUUACUAGACACAAUAUUGAGCGCUACUUCUAUAUGAGCUAAGAUAUUU